AUGGGACAGCAUCAAUGCAUCUUGGGCAGAGGCAGAAGCACAUAUUCUGCUGCUGCCUUCACCAAGAGGCUGUGCUACCUUUCCGUUGCCCUGGCUGCAAUAUUAGGAUCGGCAUGUGGUGAUGGCACUUGCAUUCAGAGUGUGCCAGGUGGUCUUGCGAGCACUGGAGGGUCAGGGCUUGGGGUGCCAGGCAGCAAGAGCUCCAUCGAGGAAGGAGAAAGUGCCCCACAGGAUGGUUUCCCGUACAUGGCGAGCUUCAAGUCUACAAUUGGGCAUAUACAUGUCUGCGGGGGAACUCUCAUCGACCCCCUGUACGUGCUAACGGCGGCACACUGCAUAGAAAAGACUGGAAUGACCCCCUUUGUGCACAUUGGAGCUCAGGGACUCAAUGACGAUGAGCACACACCUGGUGUAGUGGUGAUGAUUGUUGAAGAAAUGAUACCACAUCCAAAAUGGAGUGGGGAAACAUCUAGUGGCCCUGACAUCGCUCUUGCUCGACUUUCACAAUCUGUUCCAAAUGCGUCAUGGCCCCUCUGGCACCACAGCCUUGCAACAUCAGUUUUGCAGUCAAACUUAUUCACUCUGGGCUGGGGCCACCAUGUUGGCCGCCACAAGGGCUUUGGACCACCGGUGGACUUCACCCUCCAGAUGGCUGAUGACCUAAGAAUCGUGGACAGUCAUUACUGCAUGAAUGGCUUGAAAGCUCAAGGUGACAGCAUUUUGUGUGUCUCUGGUCGGGGGAGGAGGGCUUGCAAAGGAGACUCAGGAGGACCUCUGCUGUUGUUUGACGGAUGGCCUUCUGCUAUGGAGGAAACCGCCCUGCAUGGUGUCCUUAUGGGGGUGACAUCCAGGGCUGACAACUGCUUUCAGGAUGGCCAGAACGACUCUGCAGUGCUGUAUACUCGUGUGGCCAGCUUCCUCCAAUGGAUUCAGGAAGCAAUGGCAUCAACAUCACUCGCUGACAAGGAGGAUCGCCUUGAGGGAAGUGUUGUCAGCAAAACAUGGAUCACAGAAGAGGACCGCAGCCUGCAAACUGAGUUGAUUUUGAUUGACACACAGCAGCCCAACAGCAUGAUCCCAUUGAGUGAUGAAGAAUCAAAGGCCAGUGCAACAGAGGAUGUACCGCAUGCGCCAACAUUGAGAGAAAUUCUUGAUCAACUGAAGUUGUGGAUGGCAGCGAACAUGGGUGCUGAUGCAAUCAAGGACAUACUGGUAUCCACAGGCAUUACCUUGCUGGUGUUGCUGGUCGGAGCAUUGGCCACGAUCUUUUGGGGUUAUCCAUACCUGAGACACAGGCUGGGCUCAGAAAGGGCGGCAAGGAGAUCUGCACUUCACACUGCUGUUAUGGAACCUGAGGGUGACGGUGAGCAUUCCAUCGAGCAUUUGAUGCGAGUGGGUGCCCAUGUGGAUGUCAAUGAGCGCGAUCAGGCUGGCAGGACACCACUACACUAUGCCAAAAGCAAGACCGUUGCUCGAAGUUUGUUGGACCAUGAUGCCCAAGUAGAUGCUGCCGAUAAUCAAAAUUUGACUCCACUGCAUCGGGCGUGCUCUCGAACACGUGGAGGCACAGACUUGGUGACAACACUGCUGGAGGCGGGAGCUGAUGUAAAUGCUAAGAGCAAUUGGGACUACACACCACUUCACAUGGCAUGCUUCCAUGGCAAUGUCAAAGUUGUGAAGAUCCUGCUGGACUGGAAGGCGGGCGUUCUUCAUAGGAACCAUGUUGGAUACUCUGCCCUGCACGAGGCGGCAUUCAAUGGAGACUUGCGUGUGGCAGAGUUGCUUCUUGAGCAUGGUGCCGAUGCCAGCAUGGAUCAAGUUGCUCAGGGUACCAUGCACUUACCUGGAGGCACUCCAAUUGACGUCGCGUGGGCAAGGGGAAACAAAGAAAUGGCAGAAACAUUGGCAAGGCGCCGAUGA